AUGCGUGCUGGCACCAACCCUCUUCAGUCUUAUGCUCUAUGCCAUGCUGAUGGACGCCUAUGUGAUGAGCACCCCGGGAUCCGCAUCGCCUACAGGACGGACGGUCACCUCCUGAAUCAACGGCGGAUGCACUUCCAAUCGCGCGUAUCCACAACCACCGUUCACGAACUUCUCUUCGCCGACGACUGGGCCGUGAACACCACCUCGGAAGAGGACAUGCAAAGGAGCAUGGACUUCUUUUCCGCCGCCUGA